UCGAAGCCCGCAACUCUCGCGAGAGAAGCGAGAUUUAUUCCUACGUACCGGGCCGUGCUGCUUAUGGCGGCGCUGGAGAGGGGGCGCUGAGCUGUUGGGUAUGAAGUGUAACAGAACAGACUUUACCACCUGAAACUGCUGCUUCAAGUUCAGAUCAGGCAAGGAACAAACCUCGAAACAACCAACAAGACCAAAGAAGAGUACACUUAAGUUGAAGACACAACACUUGAUCUGAAACAAGAAGUUUGUGCCUACUCAACAGCUUUGAAAGAGCACUUCCCAACGCUGCUAGUAGUCUUUGUUUUCUUCAGUGCUGUACUGUGAGAUUGCCUGGUGCAGCAGCAGUUGUAUUCUUUAUUAGCUUGAUAGGUCAUUUUCUCUCGCACGUGCGCUCUCUCUCUCUUUCUUUUCUUUUUUUUUUUUUUUUUUUUUUUUAAACACUAGCAACUUUCAUCCUUUGAAACGUGUGCUGAAAAAGAAGAAUCAGCAAAUACUACUGAAAGUGCAAUAUUUGAUUAUCACUGCGAGAUGAGCUUUGAUCCAAAUCUUCUCCACAACAAUGGGCAUAAUGGGUACCCCAAUGGUACUUCAGCAGCACUGCGUGAAACUGGGGUUAUUGAAAAACUGCUAACCUCUUAUGGAUUUAUUCAGUGUUCAGAACGUCAAGCUAGACUUUUCUUCCACUGUUCACAGUAUAAUGGCAACUUGCAGGACUUAAAAGUAGGAGAUGAUGUUGAAUUUGAAGUAUCAUCUGACCGGCGGACUGGGAAACCCAUCGCUGUUAAACUGGUGAAGAUAAAACAAGAAAUCCUCCCUGAAGAACGAAUUAAUGGACAAGUUGUGUGCGCUGUUCCUCACAACUUAGAGAGUAAAUCUCCAGCUGCCCCGGGUCAGAGUCCAACAGGGAGUGUAUGCUACGAACGUAAUGGGGAAGUGUUUUAUCUGACUUACACCCCUGAAGAUGUUGAAGGGAACGUUCAGCUGGAAACUGGAGAUAAAAUAAACUUUGUAAUUGAUAACAAUAAACAUACUGGUGCUGUAAGUGCUCGUAAUAUUAUGCUGUUGAAAAAGAAACAAGCUCGCUGUCAGGGAGUAGUUUGUGCCAUGAAGGAUGCGUUUGGCUUUAUUGAAAGAGGUGAUGUUGUAAAGGAGAUAUUCUUUCACUAUAGUGAAUUUAAGGGUGACUUAGAAACCUUGCAGCCUGGAGAUGACGUGGAAUUCACAAUCAAGGACAGAAAUGGUAAAGAAGUUGCAACAGAUGUCAGACUAUUGCCUCAAGGAACAGUCAUUUUUGAAGAUAUCAGCAUUGAACAUUUUGAAGGAACUGUAACCAAAGUUAUCCCAAAAGUACCCAGUAAAAACCAGAAUGACCCAUUGCCAGGACGCAUCAAAGUUGAUUUUGUGAUUCCUAAAGAACUUCCCUUUGGAGACAAAGAUACGAAAUCCAAGGUGACCCUGCUGGAAGGCGACCAUGUUAGGUUUAAUAUUUCAACAGACCGUCGUGACAAAUUAGAACGAGCAACCAACAUAGAAGUUCUAUCAAAUACAUUUCAGUUCACUAAUGAAGCCAGAGAAAUGGGUGUAAUUGCUGCCAUGAGAGAUGGUUUUGGUUUCAUCAAGUGUGUGGAUCGUGAUGCUCGUAUGUUCUUCCACUUCAGUGAAAUUCUGGAUGGGAACCAGCUCCAUAUUGCAGAUGAAGUAGAGUUUACUGUGGUUCCUGAUAUGCUCUCUGCCCAAAGAAAUCAUGCUAUUAGGAUUAAAAAACUUCCCAAGGGCACGGUUUCGUUCCACUCCCAUUCAGAUCAUCGUUUUCUGGGCACCGUAGAAAAAGAAGCCACUUUUUCCAAUCCUAAAACCACUAGCCCAAAUAAAGGCAAAGAAAAGGAGGCUGAGGAUGGUAUUAUUGCUUAUGAUGAUUGUGGGGUGAAAUUGACUAUUGCUUUUCAAGCCAAGGAUGUGGAAGGAUCUAAUUCUCCUCAGAUAGGAGACAAGGUUGAAUUUAGUAUUAGUGACAAACAGAGGCCUGGACAGCAGAUUGCAACUUGUGUGCGACUCUUAGGUCGUAAUUCCAACUCCAAGAGGCUCUUGGGUUAUGUGGCAACUUUGAAGGAUAAUUUUGGAUUUAUCGAAACAGCCAAUCAUGAUAAGGAAAUCUUUUUCCAUUACAGUGAGUUCUCUGGUGAUGUUGAUAGCCUGGAACUGGGGGACAUGGUCGAGUACAGCUUGUCCAAAGGAAAAGGCAACAAAGUCAGUGCAGAAAAAGUGAACAAAACACACUCAGUGAAUGGCAUUACUGAGGAAGCUGAUCCCACCAUCUACUCUGGUAAAGUCAUUCGCCCCUUGAGGAGUGUCGAUCCAACACAGACUGAGUACCAAGGAAUGAUUGAGAUCAUGGACGAAGGGGAUAUGAAAGGUGAGGUCUAUCCAUUUGGCAUAGUUGGGAUGGCCAACAAAGGGGAUUGCCUACAGAAAGGGGAGAGCGUCAAGUUCCAGUUGUGUGUCCUGGGCCAAAAUGCACAGACUAUGGCCUACAACAUCACACCCCUGCGUAGGGCCACAGUGGAAUGUGUGAAAGAUCAGUUUGGCUUCAUUAACUAUGAAGUAGGAGAUAGCAAGAAGCUCUUUUUCCAUGUGAAAGAAGUUCAGGAUGGCAUUGAGCUACAGGCAGGAGAUGAGGUGGAAUUCUCAGUGAUUUUUAAUCAGCGCACUGGCAAGUGCAGUGCUUGUAAUGUUUGGCGAGUCUGCGAGGGCCCCAAGGCUGUUGCAGCUCCACGACCUGAUAGGUUGGUCAAUCGCUUGAAGAACAUCACCCUGGAUGAUGCCAGUGCUCCUCGCCUAAUGGUUCUUCGUCAGCCAAGGGGACCAGAUAACUCAAUGGGAUUUGGUGCCGAAAGAAAGAUCCGUCAAGCUGGUGUCAUUGACUAACCACAUCCACAAAGCACAUCAUUAAUCCACUAUGAUCAAGUUGGGGGGAUUCUGGUGAAGGGUUCUGAAUAUCUCCCUCUUCAUCCCUCCCAAAAUCUGGAAUACUUAUUCUAUUGAGCUAUUACACCAGUUUUAACACCUUCCUCGUGUUAUGUUUAAAAAAAUAAAUAAAUUUAAGAAAACCAUUUUAAAAUUAUGCACAGUUGCAGGCUGGAAAACUUAAGGUGGCGCCUUAUAGAAUCAAUUUUAGGAGCUUUAUUUGGUGCAUUUAACGCAACUGGUAAUUGCAAAUCCACUUCUGCCUGUGUAAGUGAAAAAUAUAGACUGUUACCUUGUUGGCCCUAUGAAAUUCUGCACUUGAUACUUAGUAUAUACUCUACCUUCAUUACUUCUGGCAAGAUGUUCUGCCUUAGCACUCAGUUGCAUUCUUUUUCCUUUUCUUUUCUGUUCAUUAUGCUUUAAUUCUGAGAACCAUAUGAUGGUAGAAUAUAUUAAAAAUUACAAAAAUUUGCAUAGGCAAACCAGUUCUUUAAGUUGAUGGCCAAAUGUUAAAAUGUUAUUUUUCAUAUCAUUUAUAAUCUUGUCACAGUCCACUUAAUGAUGUUUGGUUAGAUUUCAGUGAAAAUUAUCUUCCAGGGUAGUUUUUUUCCCCCCCCUCCCCGGGGAUAGGGGGUGUAACUUUACCACAAUUAGUAUAUAUGGUGCAGAAUUUCAUGCAAAUGAGGUGUGCCAGCAGUGUGAUAAUUUAAACGUAUUUAAAGAAAAAACAAAAGGAUGAAUGCACAAACUUGCUGCUGCUUAGAUCACUGCAGCUUCUAGGACCCAGUUUCUUUUACUGUUUUCAAAACAAAACAAAACAAAAAAUAAUAAAAAAGUUGUGCCUGAAAUGAAUCUUGUUUUUUUUAUAAGUAGCCGCCUGGUUCCUGUGUCCUGUAAAAAGUACAGGCACUUGACCCUUGGUGUAGCUUCUGUUCGGCUUUAUAUCACGGGAACGGAUUGGUCUGAUUUCUUGGCCCUCAUCUUGAAUUGGCCAUAUACAGGGUCCCUGGCCAGUGGACUGAAGGCUUUGUCGAAGAUGACAUGGGUCAGCUCAGGGGAUGUGGGGGAGGGUGCUUUUAUCUUCCCCGUUGUCGUUUGAGGUUUUGAUCUUCUCUGGGUAAAGAGGCCAUUUAUCUUUGUAAACACGUAACACUUUUGCUUUCUCCAGUUUUCUGUUAAUGGCGAAAGAAUGGAAGCGAAUAAAGUUUUACUGAUUUUUGAGACACUA